AUGUCUUGUAAAAUUCUCACCUUAGAUUUCUCAAGAGAAGAUUUGAAACCAGGCACGAAAUAUUGGGAAUCAACAAGCAAGAACAUUACACAAGCACUUGAAAAAUAUGGAUGUUUCAUCAUAGAUCUUCAAAACAAGACUCCGUUAGAUCUUCUUGAUCAAGUCUUUGGUUCUUUGGUCGACUUGUUUGAUCUUCCGACCCAUACCAAAAUGAAGAACAAAUACGAUAAGCCUUUAAGUGGAUACGUUGGUCAGAUUCCAACUCUUCAUCUUCAUGAAAGUCUUGGCAUUGAUAAUGCCACUUCGUUAGAAGCAACCAGAAGCUUCACAGGUUUGAUGUGGCCGCAAGGAAAUGAACAUUUUAGUGAAUGUUUGCAUAAGUAUGCGGAGUUUGCAGCCAAGCUUGAUCAAAUGGUGAUUCAGAUGGUUUUCGAGAGCUAUAACGUCGAGAAGUACUACAAUCCAUACAUGGAAUCAACAACUUACCUUCUCCGCAUGCUGAAGAAUUGUGCACCAAACAAUGAAAACCCUACUUUAGGAUUUGUUACACACACAGACAAGAGUUUUACAACAAUACUUCACCAGGACCAAGUCAAUGGGCUUGAAAUGGAAACUAGAGAGGGAGAGCGAAUCAAAAUCAAUCUAUCAUCACCUUCACUCUUCAUGGUGUUCGCAGGCGAUGCAUUUAAGGCAUGGAGCAACGAUAGGGUUUGGUCUCCACGACACCAAGUUCUAGUGAGCGGUGAAACAGACAGAUACUCUCUUGCGAUGUUUGCAUUCAACAAUGGAACUCUUCAAGUACCAGAAGAGCUAAUUGAUCAUCAACAUCCUCUCUUGUAUAAGCCAUUUGAUCAUCUCGGUCUUCUUCGAUUCUACCGUACCGACACAGGUUUCAAAUCAGAGUGUCCUAUCAAAGCCUAUUGUGGUAUUUGAAUCGCUUCAGCUAUGUAUGUAUCCACUAUCUAAAGUUUCAUAUUGUGAAAAUGUAAUAAUCUUAAAAAGAAAAAAAAAAUAAGUGUAAUCUUACUCUGGAAAACAUAUAUACAAACUUGCACGUUAAGUCACAACAAGGACACAUCCAUUUCUUGGUGUGUAAUCAUACAACAACUAAUACACAAAAUCA